CGCGCGCCGCUGCCGCCCCCGAGCCAGCAGACGACGACGUCGAGCCGCUCAUCCACCCGUUCUACGAGCCCGAGCCCGAGGACAAGGAGGACGCCAGCGACCGCAAGAAGCAGAAGAAGCGCGCGGCGGCCACGCCGGGCGGCGUCCCGGCCGGGUUCGAGGUCGAGCAGGAGACCGGUGGAGCGGCCAGGACGGGCGACGCGGCGGCAGAUGCGCUCGCGCUCAUGACCGGGGCCAAGCCGGCGCCCGAGCCUGUCACGCUCGACUUCGCGUCGCUCGACCUGUCGGACGGCACGCGCAAGGCGCUCGACGGCAUGGGUUUCUCCAAGAUGACCGAGGUGCAGGCGCGCACGAUCCCGCCCCUGCUCGCCGGCAAGGACGUGCUCGGAGCGGCCAAGACGGGCUCGGGCAAGACGCUCGCGUUCCUCAUCCCUGCCAUCGAGAUGCUCAACAAGCUCAAGUUCAAGCCGAGGAACGGUACCGGCGCCAUCGUCGUCUCGCCGACCCGCGAGCUCGCGCUGCAGAUCUUCGGUGUCGCCAAGGAGCUGUGCGAGCACCACAACCAGACGUUCGCCAUCGUCAUGGGCGGCGCCAACCGCAAGGCCGAGGCCGAGAAGCUCGCCAAGGGCGUCAACCUCCUCAUCGCCACCCCGGGUCGCCUUCUUGACCACCUCCAGAACACCAAGGGCUUCGUGUUCAACAACCUGCGCGCGCUCAUCAUUGACGAGGCCGACCGCAUCCUCGAGAUCGGGUUCGAGGACGAGAUGCGCCAGAUCAUCAACCUGCUGCCCAAGGAGAACCGCCAGUCGAUGCUCUUCUCGGCGACGCAGACGACCAAGGUGACGGACCUUGCCCGCAUGUCGCUGCGGCCGGGCCCGCUGUACAUCAACGUCGACACGAAGAGCGAGACGUCGACGGCCAACAACCUCGAGCAGGGCUACGUCGUGUGCGAAUCGGACAAGCGCUUCCUCCUCCUGUUCACGUUCCUGCGCAAGAACCUCAAGAAGAAGGUCAUCGUCUUCUUCUCGAGCUGCAAGUCGGUCCAGUACCACGGCGAGCUCCUGAACUACAUCGACGUCCCGGUGCUCGACCUCCACGGCAAGCAGAAGCAGCAGAAGCGCACCAACACGUUCUUCGAGUUCUGCAACGCGCCGACCGGCAUCCUCCUGUGCACCGAUGUCGCCGCCCGUGGCCUCGACAUCCCCAAGGUCGACUGGAUCAUCCAGUUCGACCCGCCCGACGACCCUCGCGACUACAUCCACCGCGUCGGUCGUACCGCCCGCGCCGGCAAGCAGGGCAAGAGCCUCCUGUUCCUCCUCCCGAGCGAGCUCGGCUUCCUCCGGUUCCUCAAGGCGGCCAAGGUCCCGCUCAACGAGUACUCGUUCCCGAACGACAAGAUUGCCAACGUCCAGGGCCAGCUCGAGAAGCUCAUCGCCAAGAACUACUACCUGCACCAGUCGGCGCGCGACGGGUUCCGCGCCUACAUCCAGGCGUACGCCUCUUACUCGCUCAAGACGAUCUUUGACGUGACGGCGCUCGACCUCGCCAAGGUGGCGCGCGCGUUCGGCUUCUCGACGCCGCCGAGCGUCAACAUCAACGUCGGCCGCAGCGUCAAGGGCGGCAAGAAGCGCAAGGACCACGCCGGCGGUGCGGGCGGGUCGGGCUCGGACGACGACGACGACGAGAGCGACGACGACGAGGAGACGACGAGGGAGCGCCGGGCCAAGAUGGCUCGCCGCGGCGGGUCCAACAACGCCAAGAGGCGCGAGCUCGAGGGCGGGAGGAAGCAGGAGAAGGACUUUUACCGCGAGGGGGCCGAGCGGAGGGAGAAGCUCAAGAGCGGCGGCACGCAGUGGAGCCGCUGAGCGGUCGACGUCGGUCGGCGUGUACCAGUCUGUCGCAUAGAGUGUGCUCUCCCUCUUUCGUUGUAUCGUGGCACUCGUUCGCGUCUC